GUCGUCGUCCGCGUGCUGAAGGCGGUGGCUGCGUGUCGGACCGCCGGCAACAGCUGCGCGCGUGCCUUCUCCUCGUCUGUUCCACAGCGCGAUCCAGCCGCAUUCUGGACACGCCAUUCAGUAGCGGAGGAGGGCCAGUGACUGCAGAUGAUCGAAUGGGCAAGGAUUGGCAGAUAUACAGCAACGACUUUGCCGCUUCAUAUGGUGAAGAGCGUGUAGCGCUCUAAGUGGGCGACACUGAAAACAGACAUGAGAAUACUAUCAACUGUGGUAGUGUAACUCGGCGAACAUUUUGGAUAUGAUUCUAUCAUUCAUUAGUGCGAAUGUUGAGAAUGUCGUGUAACUUGUGCUGACGUUCCAAGGCGCCUCGCACCGUGGUAGCUACCCCAGAGAUUCCCAAAGGCGGACGGUGAGGUGGGAGUGGAAUGUGACCGGGCGGCGCAUGCGCACGAGCCCGCGCGCGAUGGUCUCGAGACAGGCGCUGUUGGCGACGGUGGCGUCUGCGGCGCUGCUGGUCUACAUCUGCGCCUACUACGUGUCGGACACGCCCCCGCUGCCGGGACACCGGCUGCCGCGCGACGUGGUCUUCUGGCAGGACGAUGAGGCGGCGGCGAGGGAGCCGUACGUGUACCGCUUCUCGAGCUACAACGACCACUUCCCGGGCGUCGCGCUGGCCGAGGUGAGCGUGCAGUGCCUGCCGCGAGGCGCCGCCACCGUGCGCUCUGGCGGCCGCCUCGGGAACCUCAUCAUGGAGUUCGCCUCCCUGUGGACGGCUGCGCGCCUCUACAACCUCACCGCCUUCGUCCCGGCGCAGCUGCGCGGUCGCCUCCGCCAGGUGUUCGAGCCGCUCGGAGUGCCAGAGACGUACGAGUUCCUGUCGCAGUCCGGGUGCCCCGAGGAUACCAUGGAGGAGGUGGACCAGCGCGUCUUCAAGGUCGACCUGGAGAGGCGGCCGCUGCCAGAGGUCGUCGCGCGGGCUAAGGAGCUGCACUUGCCCAUCGUCUUCGAGAUAUGCAUUAUCCUGCCGGAGACGAUAGUUCCGCUGGCCGCCGAAGUGCGGCGCCACUUCCGGUACCAGCCGAGGCUGCGCAAGUACGCUGACAACAAGCUGCGCUCGCUCAGGAGGAGCGUCGUCAAGGCCAAUCCCGACGUCAAGGAGGUGGUGUUUGCGGGCGUGCACGUGCGGCGCACCGACUACGCGGACCAGCUGCAAUUGCUCUACAACACGGACCAGCAGGCGGACGAGCGCUACUACGGCCGUGCCGCCCUGUGGCUCCAGUCCACGGUGGUGCCGCCGGGUGGAGAGCUGGUGCUGGUGGUGGCGUCGGACGACCCCGACUGGGUGCAGGACGUGCUGCUGCCCCACCUGCGAGGCCUGGGCCUGCGCCACAGCUUCCUGGCAGGUGACGGCAUGCUGGAGGAGCCGGAGCGCGACCUGGUGCUACUGUCUGCCUGCAACCAUUCCAUCUUCGCCUACGGCACUUUCGGUCUCUGGUCGGCGCUGAUGACCGGCGGCCGCGCUGCCGUCUACCAUCUGAACGAAGGAGACGCCGUGUCGCCCGCCAUGCAGUUUGCACAGCACAUUCCUGGCUGGGUCGCCAUUUCACAGUGAGGAUCCCAAGAUGGCAGCCCUCACGGAUGGUUGGCAUGCCACCGCUAGAUCCACAACUGCACCAUCUCGCCUGUCAUACAGUUCUCCAAGCAUACGCUGGGCUGGGUUGCUGUCUCGUACUGAGAAAACCAGUGCAGCGUCUCUGACAGACAGUGGGUCCAUAGCCCUCUACAACCCGACACAUAGUUUGUGCAGCAUGUCCGUGUCCCUUAUUAGGUCGCCAUCUUCCACUGAGGUUCCCAAGAUGGAGGCCCUCAUGGUCAACCACAGAAACACCUUCAUGUAGUACAUGCAGCACAUUCCUGGUAGGAUUGCCAUUGAGGAACGAAAGAUGGCUGCCAAAUGGGUAGUCCAUUGUUGCACAGUACUGCCUCGGGUGAGACGUGACCCUUACGAUCGUGAGACUCUGAAGAUGAUGCAGUCUCGUGCUCCAGUUUAUAUGGCAGUGACAAGUAAACACAAGUGCAGAUAUUACAGCUAAAGUGCAAUGCCGCAUUUACAUCACCAUUCUACGACUCAGCUUUUCUCUCUGUGUUGCAACCACCUGAUGUAUUAUUGUUUCACACUUGCUAAAAUAGUCCAGGCUUUUGUGCUGUGAUCAAACGAAUUUUUUCGAGAAAUUCAUUCAAACAGGGAACCCCACAAUACUUUACUAUGUGUGACAUUUUAACCGUGAAAGUUUAAAUUGUACGAUGUUUGUUGUUUAUAUAUUGAAAUGUUUCAUAACUAUUUUUUUAUUUUCACCAUAAGGAAAACUAUGGCCAUUUUGAAGACUCAUUCUUUUCUCUGACACGUUCAACAGUAAUUUUACUGCUGUGAAGCGAAACGUACACCUUCUCAAAUGUGGAUCACCACAGUAUUUUCUAUUUAUGGUGCUAUUGGUAUACCACUGCUUUUUUCUGAGGUGAGAGCAGAUUUACUGACCUGUUAGCAAUGGGAUGUACAGUUUGAUGCUUGGCCUUUUUACAUACACACAACAUUGUCAGAGGUGAAGGUAGUUCUAAAUUUCAGAUAAAUGGUUGGUUAACCGGAAAUAGGCAAGUUUAAUUAUUAUUUGUAGCUCGCCUGAGCAAAGUGUGCGCAUAGGAUCAGGGCAGCAAUGUACUGUUUUUUGAUCCAAAAGAACUUCUUUUGCAGUGGCGUUCGACUUAGAGGUAGCCUGUUCGAAUCUUAGUAGUGAAGAACUUUUCACUGCCAGUAUUUGGCGUAAGGUAACCAAACCUCAGACUCUAUUCUAUAGGCAUAAAAUAAAUUCUGUACUAUGUUGUCUCGUGAGAAAGUAACCUCCAUGGUACUAGUCAACAGGAACAGGAUGUGUACUGGCACCACAUCUCAAAUUGUCCAUUCUCCCAUCAUCAUACAACAGCAUCACGGCACUACACCAUAUGCGUAUUCAUAGCCAGCACUAGGGACAGUUAGAAUUUAGAAGUUUAUGUGCAAGUAGCCCAAAUCGUACGAAUCAGAGAUGGCUUGCACCAGAAUAAGAUCAUCACCACCAUUCUUUCAUCCGUGGCUCUGGGGUCCCAAGUUCGAUUCCCAGCUGGGUCAGAGAAUUUCUCCACUGAAGGACUGAGAGUAGUGAUGUUAUCAUUUCAUUAUCAUCGAAGUGCAAGUCGCCGACGUGGCAUCAAACAGGACAACUUGCUGUAGCUGGCUGAACUACCCCAAACAAGGGUUUUCUGGCCAAUAAUGCGAUGUGAUAAUUUUUCAUCAUUCUUUCAUGAGAAAUGACUGCAGAAAAUCAGGGAAAGUGAAAAUCGCAACAGAAAGUAUGUUUUGCAAUCUCUGUUAUUCUACUCUCUGAAGAAGGAAUAUUCCAGGCUCAAAUUGGGUUUGCUUUGGGUAUAGAAUCGAAACAACCUCACCUCGCUUCAGACACUAGAAAGAGUUGCUAUCAUAAGCAAGGCAACGCCCUGUCUAUUUGUAGUCUCUUAGACAGUA